AUGCUUUUUAAAAAGGCUUGUAAAUCCAUUAGAGUGGAUUAUUUUUGGAAUCAGACUCUUGAAACCUUGGAAAAGGUUGGAUUCUUGAAACCUUGGAAAAGGCUUGAUCAGACUCUUGAAACCUUGGAAAAGGCUCGUAAGGGUCAGACUCUUGAAACUUUAGAAAAGGCUCAGGUCAGACUCUUAAAACCUUGGAAAAGGCUUGGUUGGACUCUUGAAACCUUAAGAAAGACUCAUAAGAAUCGGACUCUUGAAACCUUGGAAAAGACUCGUAAGUCUAUUAGGGGGGGUCAGACUCUUAAAACCUUAGAAAAAGCUCAUAAGUUCAUUGAUAAUGAUGCAUAUGACAAAGUUGCCAAAGAUCUUAAAGAAAUUGAAAUAGCUAAAUAA